AGAGGGAAGGUAUGGUAGAGAUACCUGUUCCUGAGUGGAGGUGCCAAGCUGGGGGUGGUUAUAUUUUAGGGACCUAGUCUGGAAUAGGGAGGGUAAAACUCAAGGCCAGGGCAGGGCAGAAGGCCAGCUGACCAAGCAGGAAUGCCACAGGAAGCCAGCUGGCCUUGGGGAUAGUAGUUUCUGAAUAACUGAAGCCUGCAGGAUGUCACAGCUGAACCUGUCUUGGCUGGGACUGGGGCCUGAGGUGGCUUUCCCAUGGAAGACCCUGCUACUGCUUGGGGCCUCCUGGAUCCUGGCCCGAAUUCUGAUCCAGAUCUAUGCUGCCUAUAGGAACUAUCGUCAUCUCCAUGGCUUCCCUCAGCCCCCCAAACGGAACUGGCUUAUGGGUCACGUGGGCAUGGUAACUCCUACAGAGCAGGGCAUGAAGGAACUGACUCAGUUGGUGGGUACCUACCCCCAAGGCUUUUUGAUGUGGAUUGGGCCAAUGGUCCCUGUUAUUACUCUAUGCCAUCCUGACAUCGUCCGAUCUAUCCUCAAUGCCUCAGCCGCUGUUGCACUCAAGGAUGUGAUAUUCUACAGCAUCCUAAAGCCUUGGCUGGGGGAUGGGCUCUUGGUGAGUGCUGGUGACAAGUGGAGCCGCCACCGUCGCAUGCUGACACCCGCGUUCCAUUUCAACAUCCUGAAACCCUAUGUGAAGAUUUUCAACGAUAGCACCAACAUCAUGCACGCCAAGUGGCAACGGUUGAUUUCAGAUGGCAGUGCCCGUCUGGACAUGUUUGAGCAUAUCAGCCUCAUGACUCUGGACAGUCUACAGAAAUGUGUCUUCAGCUUUGACAGCAACUGUCAGGAGAAGUCCAGUGAAUAUAUUGCUGCCAUCCUGGAGCUCAGCGCCCUAGUGGCCAAAAGGCACCAGCAGCCUUUGAUGUUCAUGGACCUGAUGUAUAAUCUCACCCCUGAUGGUAUGCGCUUCCGUAAGGCCUGCAACGUGGUGCAUGAAUUCACUGAUGCUGUCAUCCGGGAGCGGCACCGCACCCUUCCAGAUCAGGGUUUGGAUGAGUUCCUGAAGUCUAAGGCCAAGUCCAAGACUUUGGAUUUCAUUGAUGUGCUGCUGCUGAGCAAGGAUGAAGAUGGAAAGAAGCUGUCAGAUGAGGAUAUCCGAGCGGAGGCUGACACCUUCAUGUUUGAGGGCCAUGACACGACAGCCAGUGGACUCUCCUGGAUCCUCUACAACCUGGCAAGGCACCCAGAAUACCAGGACCGCUGCCGGCAGGAAGUUCAGGAGCUGCUGAGGGGCCGAGAGCCUGAGGAGAUUGAAUGGGACGACCUGGCCCAGCUGCCCUUCCUGACUAUGUGCAUCAAGGAGAGUCUGCGGCUGCAUCCCCCAGUCACGGUCAUCUCCCGAUGCUGCACCCAGGACAUUCUGCUCCCAGAUGGCCGGACCAUUCCCAAAGGUAUCAUCUGUCUCAUCAGCAUCUUUGGAAUUCAUCACAACCCAUCAGUGUGGCCAGACCCUGAGGUCUAUGACCCCUUCCGCUUUGACCCUGAAAACAUCAAAGACAGCUCACCUCUGGCAUUUAUUCCCUUCUCGGCGGGACCCAGGAACUGCAUAGGUCAGACUUUCGCCAUGAGUGAGAUGAAGGUGGCACUGGCGCUGACACUGCUGCGCUUCCGACUCCUACCGGAUGACAAGGAACCGCGCAGGCAACCAGAGCUGAUCCUGCGCGCAGAGGGCGGGCUGUGGCUGCGGGUGGAGCCGCUGAGCGCGGGCGCUCAUUGAUCUGACACCUGGUUUAGAGCCACCCUACCAACCUCUCUCUGCCGAUCCCAGAAUGAACAGAACUGUCACCCAUACCCGAAUCUUACCGAGAGCCAGCAGGGGGCGCUGUGAAAUCCAGUGCGUAGGUGAGAGAGGCCUGCUCCAUAAGGUGCAUUCUCCUCCAACCAACCUGGACUAUUCGCUGAACAACAUAGGAAGCCAAAGGGAUGUCUGAGCAAGAGACCAGAAUCAAGGGCAAAUUUGAGUUCUGAUUCAUGCAGCUCCGUUUCCAUUACUUUGACUUCCAUUCUAAUCACCUAAUAGACUAUCCUUCUCUCACCUCAGAAUUACUUUUCUGUGAGCACUAAAUUACUGUGUUUAUUAAACCUUAAGACCGGAUA